GCGGCGCGGAGCCGUGCGCGGAGCCCCGGCUGCAGCCCGCCGCCAGCCCUGGCCCUCCCCGCGCCCGUGAGUACGGCGGCCGCGGCCGCCGCCCCUUCCCCGCCGCGCCCGAGGGGGUCCCGGGCCCCCCUUCCCGAGCGUGCCCUGGGGUGACGCUGUUCCCGGGGAGGUGUCGGCGAAGGCGCGGGUGCUCGGCCGCAGCCCGCCUCCGGAGCGAGCAUCGCCCAGCCCCAAGUUAGGUGCCGGUACUUACUUUCCGCAUCAAUGAAUUGAGCUGAGCAGUCUCGCAGCGCCGAGGCAUCGCGCAGCACCCUGGGCGUCCCGGAGCUCGGCACGGGGCAAAGUGAUCCCGUUUGAGCUAAGCUCCAGGACAGCCGCUCCAGGAGCCCGGCGCUGCCUCUCGCCCCGCCUGCCUGGCUAGCCGGGACAUUAUUCCCCAGGAAAGCUGAAAAAAACGGGAAGAGGCUGCCCAGAAGAAGCUGCGCCCGACCGAAGAUGUUAAAGGAGGCGAAGGGGGGCUGCUUUUUGCCCACUGCGUGCCUCCAUGCCUGUCUUUCCCUUGUCUUAAUCCUUUAGGAAGGAGAAGCCAGGCAGCAGACCUUUCCUGGAGGGACGAUGCUGUCGAGCCCUGCCCCGGGCAGAAGAAAGCCUUUGCCGCCGAGACCCGCCGGCACCGGGGAUGCGCGGCCCGGGGCAGGCUGCAGGAGAGCGUGAGGAGCUGCCUCCUCCGGCGCUUCUCUGAGAGCGAAGAAGCAUGGUAAAAGCUGGACCCGAUCCUUGGAGCGCAGCCCCGCUGAGCAGGAGGUGGGAUUACUCCGGGCUGGUUAUGGAGUGCUACAACCUGGCAGCGGAACGUUAGACCGACUUGGCCGCGCUGGAAGGGGAGCCCGCUGCGGGCACCGCCGGCCUCGCACCCCUGGCCGUGGGGAGGUCACUCAGGUCCUUCUCCUCCUCUCGCCCUUUUUUCUCCUUCCAGUGAAUGACAGAAGAAAGAACUGGUAUUUGGCUCUUGCCAGUGUUGGGAAUACUGUGCCUUUUGCCUGGGAUGAUUUGCCCUGAUGUGCCACUUCGACGGGAUGUACAAAGUGCAACUGGGACUGAGCCGGCCAACAAAGUUUGCAGAGUGAUCAGCAGGGACUGUGGGAUGGAGGUAGCUGGGCGUACACUAUGGGGUCCGUCACGCACGGCCUGACAGCACAGACCUGCUGCUCCCUUGAAAACUAACUCCUGAUGGUCAAACUCUGCUGGCUCCUGUUUUUACUUCUCCCCUGACAAUCUGAACUUUCAGGGAAAAAAAAACCACACACAAACCCCUGAUGCAAUGCAGUGUUUCUGUGUUGGUUUUGUAUAUAAAUUUUGCUAUGCAAUUCCAAAACUAAAAGAGGAGGAGAGACGGCCCUGCACCCCAGAGCAAACAGAGAUUCAAAGGUGAAAGGAGAAACUAUGACUUGGAACGACACCACUAUGGACAGGGAAGGGUUGCUGGUGGAAAGGGACUCUUCCUUUCGGAUCCUCACGGGCUGCUUUCUCUCACUGCUGAUCCUCUCCACGCUGCUGGGAAACACGCUGGUCUGUGCGGCUGUCAUUAGGUUUCGCCACCUUAGGUCCAAGGUGACCAACUUCUUUGUCAUCUCCUUGGCUGUGUCAGACCUCUUAGUGGCAGUUUUGGUCAUGCCGUGGAAAGCUGUGGCUGAGAUCGCAGGUUUCUGGCCUUUUGGUUCAUUUUGCAACAUCUGGGUGGCCUUUGAUAUUAUGUGCUCAACAGCCUCCAUCUUAAAUCUCUGUGUCAUUAGUGUGGACAGAUAUUGGGCCAUCUCCAGCCCAUUUAGGUAUGAGAGGAAAAUGACGCCCAAGGCAGCCUUCAUCAUGAUCAGUGUGGCAUGGACUUUGUCUGUGUUGAUUUCCUUCAUCCCUGUGCAGCUGAACUGGCACAAGGCUACAACCACAAGCUUUUUGGACCUAAAUGCCAGUUUACAAGGUAUAACCAUGGACAACUGUGAUUCUAGCCUAAACAGGAUGUAUGCCAUCUCCUCUUCUCUAAUUAGCUUCUAUAUACCUGUGGCCAUUAUGAUAGUAACUUACACAAGGAUAUACCGGAUUGCUCAGAAGCAAAUACGACGCAUCUCAGCUUUGGAGAGGGCAGCAGUGCAUGCCAAGAACUGCCAGAACACGAGCGGCAACAGAAGCAGUAUGGAUUGCCAGCAACCAGAGAGCAACUUCAAAAUGUCCUUCAAGAGGGAAACAAAGGUUUUAAAGACUUUGUCGGUGAUCAUGGGGGUGUUUGUGUGCUGCUGGUUGCCAUUUUUUGUAUUGAACUGCAUGAUUCCCUUCUGCGAGCCUACCCAACCAUCCAAGGGAGCAGAAGCUUUCUGCAUUAAUUCCACCACCUUCGAUGUUUUUGUUUGGUUUGGAUGGGCUAACUCUUCCCUCAACCCCAUCAUUUAUGCCUUCAAUGCUGAUUUCCGCAAGGCAUUUUCGACCCUGCUAGGAUGCUACAGGCUCUGCCCUAUGUCCAGCAAUGCUAUAGAGACUGUUAGUAUUAACAAUAACGGAGCAGUUGUUUUUUCGAGCCAACAUGAGCCCAAAGGGUCCAGCCCCAAAGAGUCUAAUCUGGUUUAUCUGAUUCCACAUGCAAUUAUCUGUCCGGAAGAAGAACCUCUCAAAAAGGAAGAAGAGGGUGAACUAUCUAAGACCUUGGAGAAGAUGUCUCCAGCAUUGUCGGGUAUCUUGGAUUAUGAGGCUGAUGUUUCUCUGGAAAAGAUCAAUCCCAUUACACAAAAUGGGCAGCAUAAAACCUGAACAGUAAGGUUUACCCAGCAAGAUCUAAUAGGGUAUAUUGUAAUAAUCUUUUAAAGAAAAAAGAUAUACAAGAUUUUUUAGUAAGAAACUAAGCUCUAGGGAGAAAUACACAUUUUCACCAAGCCCAGAAUUAAUUAUCCUGGCAUUCAAAGCAAAUUUAACACUUAAAACAAUAAACAGAAAAAGAUACUGAAAUUUGGCUAAGAAAGAAUAUUAAACCAUGCUGUUCAUACUGAGAAAAAUAUACAAAUUUAGAUACAGUGCAGUGAGAAAGAUAAUAUUGCUUCACUUCCACACAGAGAAACUGAUUUCUAGCUUAAAAUGAGGCAAAAGAUAAAUGUUAAGUGUUUAAAGAUUAAUGUUUACUAAAAGUUAAAAGAUUGCUGUGUCUUGUGAUAGUGGGUGUUAACAGGUCCUAAUUAAAGACUGAGGGAUUGUAAAGAUAGGUAGAUGCCUUCUUAAAAUUAUUUCUGACAAAUAAUUGAGCCUUAUAAUAAGGAUGGUUAUUUUUAAAGCUUUGGGAGGUAAUAUGUUGAUACUGGUUUUAUUUAUUUAUUGUUUUAAAUUGAUAUUUUUCAUAUGUUAUAACAGAUCUAGCUUUAUUUAUGUUAUUUAAGAUGUCUAAAUAAUGGGAUAUUUUUGGAGUGUCAUAACUGCAUUUUGACCAGUCAACCAGUCAGCACUUUAUUAUAAGCUCUGAUAGUCUGGAGAGCUGGUGAGGGGAAUGAAGGAAUGUUAAAAAGCUCAGCAAGAAAUGAAGGAAUCAGCAAAACUAAUGCUGUGUGGAGUUCAUUUGCUUGAGGGCUUUUUUUUGUUUUAAGUGGUAUUUCUUUCAAAAGACAGGACCAGUGUUGACUGAAUUGUGAAUUCUCUUCCCUUAUAGAAAUAAAAGAAAUUGCUGCUAUUUAUUUUUUAAAAAAAUUUCAUGUUACAAAGACUUUGCUAGAAUGUCAAGUUUGUGGAUCUGUAAAUACCUUAAAUAUGACUAUGACCUUAAGAAGAAUCCGAUUUGAGAAGAAAAGCUUCUUAGAUAACAAUUCUUAGUAUAUAAUGUUUUGUAUUUAUGUAAGAUAAACAGCUUUCUCAGACUUUUCUUAUUUCAAGUCUUGGAUAUCUUUUCUGAACAAACACAAUUGGCUAUAAUGGUAGUAAACAUGCCAAACCUCGUUAUCAUCUGUAUUAUUGCAGUACCACCAGGAUCAUGCUGUCUGUCUGCUACUGUAUCACGGUCAGAAUAAAAAAGUGAGGUACCUAGUGCUUUACUUUGGAAACUAGGAGGACAUUACAUUUUAGUAAUUACCAUGUCAAUAGUCCAUUUGAUAAGGAAUAGUGCCUCAUUACCAUUUUGGAUUAAGACAUUUCUAAGUAUGGAUAGAACUGCAGCCGCCACCCCAAAAAUGUCCUGUGAGCUCCCCAAAAGUUGCCAACGUUUCAUUCAAAAAACUUGCUACUUUUCCAUUGUCCUUCCCUGCUGCUUCCCCUUUUUAAUGCCAAAAGCAAUCAGUGAACGUUAGCAACAGGAACGUUGGGUGUUAAUAUUCAGCAGCAUUCAAAGAAAGCUCUUUGUUUUCUGAAUGGAAGAAAAUACCCUUUGGAGCAACUUUUUCAUAACAUAUAUCAAAAAAAUGUGUUGUCAGGAAAAGAGAACUGAGAGGAAAAAAAGUUUAAAGUCUAAUGAACUAUAUACAUCCUGCAUCAGGUCUGUGUAUUUAUGUGAAUGUGUGAAUGUUUUCAUAAUUUUAUUGCCUGUAUGCUGCUUUCAUACAUAUAAUAAAAUUAUUUUGUGAACAGAAGAUCAAAUAAAAAAAUCUACAUUGCAUUUAUU